CACUGGAGGGAAAUUAUAGGACGAACCCUUUCCCGUGCGAAGGACGAGCGGAACCCUAAUUAGAUUCUGGUAAUCUUGCUCUCCGGUGUUUCUUCUUAGGAUCAUCCAUGCUAUCCUGCCUUUUAUUUGUUAUUUUGCAUGAUCCCUUUCUUCCCGAUCUGUUCAGUUUCAUAUUUCGAGUUAGCUGGAGUAAUUUUCUGUGGUUGCUGUAUUUUGAUUUCCUCCCAUAGAUCCCCAUUUCAGCUUCCUUUUUUUAUUUGUUAAACCCUAACUGCAAGCCGCUAAGGUGGAGAAUAUUCUUCUUCAGCAUCCCCCAUUUUUAACAGUUGUUGUGGAUUUAUUUAAAUGGCUGAUGCUGAAAAUGUCGUUUCUGCAUCCAAGAAGAGGGUUGCAGGGAGGCAGAUUACUAAAGAUAAUGCUGAGCUUGAUGAUGAUACUUCUGAACCAGAGAUGGGAACUUUUCAAAAGGCCAGCGAAGAAGUGCUGGCAACUAGGAGAAUUGUGAAUGUUCGGCGUCGGCAGCCUGUAUCGAGCACUUCAUCAAAUCCUUUUGCUGGGAUCCGCUUGGUUUCCUCAACUGAACCUAAUGUAAAAGCAGUUGCUCAAGUUGAGUCUCAAAACCCUACUGAGAUGGCUGUUUUAAAAGAAGCAAACAAUGCUAAUGAUAAACAUGGAGAGGAUAAUAAAAUUAAAUGUGCUGUUUUCUUUGAUGAAGUAAAUGGAACAGGAGAGAACAAAAAAUAUUCAGAAUGCCAUACUGGUGCAAGAGAAGCUACUAGCAAUGAAAUAGAUAGCAUCACUACAGUGAAAGAUGUAUCUCAAUCACUGGGAGCUGCUGUAGAGGUAUCAUAUGACAAAAAUGCAGGAGCUGGUAAAACAUUGAUUGAAAAGCCAGAUGAGGAAGCUAUAGAAAAACCCAAGGAAGCUUGUGAAGAAACCAAGAAGGAAGCCGAAAAAAUAUCUGGGGAAGAAGUUGAAGAAAUAAAGGAAGCUGAAGUAGAGGAAAACAACAUGAAAGAAGCAUCAGGCCCUGCUUCAACAUUUAGUUCAUUUCGACACUUGUCUAGCAGCCAAAAUGCCUUCACCAGUCUUUCGGGAACUGGCUUUGGAGCUUCAUCAUUUUCCUUUGGACCAGUAAAGGAGGCCUCUACUUUUACUUCUUUCAGUUUUACCAGCUCUAACAAUGGGACUUCUUCCUUACCCCUAUUUGGUUUUACUGGGAUAACAGGGGGUGAUGGCGCUCCUUCCCUGCAGGAGGUUCCUGUGGAGACAGGCGAGGAGAAUGAGAAGUCAGUAUUCUCCGCAGAUGCCACACUUUAUGAAUAUCUGGAUGGUUCAUGGAAAGAACGAGGAAGGGGUGAAAUUAAAGUGAAUACUUCUAUAUCAGGUGGGAAGGCUAGGCUUGUUAUGCGGUCUAGGGGUAAUUACAGAUUGAUUUUGAAUGCUAGCCUUUACCCAGACAUGACACUGGCUAACAUGGAUAAGAAAGGCAUUACUUUUUCCUGUGUCAAUAUUGCUGGAGAAGGAAGGGCUGGUCUCACAACCUGUGCUCUGAAAUUUAAGGACAGUAGUUUUGCGGAGGAGUUCAGUGGUGUUGUGAAAGAGCACAAGGGGAAAAAGGCCAUUGCGCUGAAGACACCUGAGAAUUCUCCUAAAGCUUCUGAUGAGCAAAGGGAAGAUUUUGCUUGAUAGUUGUUGUUAGUUAAUCUUUCAUAAAUCCAAAUGUAGACCCCUGCAAGCUUUUGGUUUAUGCCAAUAUUAUCUUACUUCUGUUUGAGCUAUUGAUUGUUGGAAACCUUUUGAGCUUUCUAUCUGCAGUCAGCAUAUCAAUUGUUGCUCCAUCCUUUUUUUUCUGAUUGCUUAGUUUGCUGAA